UCCUCCCAUUGGCUGCCCGCCCGCCGCCCGUUUCCGGGGCCAUGGCGGAGCCGGAGCUGAGCGCGGAGGCGCUGCGGGAGCGGCUGCGGCGGGAGCUGGGAGCGGAGCACGUGGAGGUGGAGGACACCACGGCCGCCCGCUGCGCCGCCAGCUUCCGCGUCCUGGUGGUGGCGGCCGCCUUCCGCGGCAAGGGGCUGCUGCAG